UAGCUAGCUAGGUAGUUUCUUAUGCUUGGACGUCAGAGGGACGAUGGUGGAGGUCUGGUAAAGAUGGCGGCGCUCUCCGAGGAUGGGAGGUAUGGACUAAAUUGUGGCCGACGGAAUGCAGACCAAGUCACCGUAUUGCACGUAAAAUUGACAGAGACAGCUUUCAGAGCGAUAGAGAGCUACCAAGCUUCCAAGAAUGUACCAUCCUCACGGCCAACAAUACAAUUCAAGGGGCUCCAAGGGCGUAUUAAGAUCCCAAGGACGGACUGUCCGGAUGGAUCUCAGAACUUUGACUUCUACUUGUCCAAUGUGGGGAAGGACAACCCUCAGGGAAGCUUUGAGUGCAUCCAACAGUAUGUGUCCAGCUCAGGGACCCACCACCUGGUGUCCUUGGGAACAGUCCAGGACAAAGUCACCGUGUGUGCCACCAACGACUCCUACCAGGUGACCCGGGAGCGCAUGGCGCAGGCGGAGGAGGACAGCCGAAAACGGGGAACCAAAGUCCUCAAGCCUGGGGGCCAGUUCAGAGGUAAGAAAGUCCAGAUCCGCAAACCGGCCCCAUCAGCCCCUGACCCCGUCCCAGAGCGCAAACGCUCGACGCCCAUCAACCCGGCCAACACCAUACGCAAGUGCCUUGCCAACAACCCUGUGUCUCAGCGGCCUUAUCGUGACCGUCUUGUCCACCUACUGGCACUGCGCUCCUACAAGAAGCUGGAGCUGCUGGCCAGGCUACAGCGUGAUGGGGUCAGCCAGAAGGACCGCAGCUCUCUUGGGAGCACUCUGCAACAAGUGGCCAACCUGAACCCCAAAGAUAACUCGUACUCCUUAAAGGACUUUGUGUACCGUGAGGUGCAGAGGGACUGGCCUGGCUUCUCUGAGGAUGACCGCGGUCAAAUCAAUGGGAUCCUCGCCCGAAAACUGGGCCUCCCCACGGAGGCCCUUUCCUCCAGCAGUUCUCCCAAAGAUGGUCAACCAGGUUCCCCACAGAAGUGCCAACCUGAGUUACCGAGUCACUUCACUGACCCCCUGAUGCCUAAGAAGCCCCGCAUCUCCCAUGUCUCCAGCCAAGGGCCCGCCACGGCCCCCGCCCCUAUCCCCACCUCGUCCUCAAGAGAGCGCCGCUGCCCCCCAAAAGAGGAUGAGGGCCAUCACAGCGCCAGCAAGCGCUCGUCUCUCCCGGCUAGCGCCAACGCUACGGCUGGCCUGCCCCUCAGCCAACCCCCGCCUGGCUCCCAGCUGCCCGCUUCCCAUCGCCCUGCCCCGUCGCAUCAGCCCGGCCCCGGAUCCAACUCCAACUCCCCCAGCACGCCCGAGGGCCGCGGCACCCAAGACCUGCCCCUUGACCAGAGCUCCACCUGCCUUGACCCCUCCUCACCAGGCACCACGCCCAGUCCUCCGGGCAGGACCGCUGACCGUGCCGCUAUUUCCGCUUCGUCGUCCUCCACCGUUGUCCCGCCUCCCUCGCCUAGCGGCAGUAAAAAGUCCAGUAAGAAGUCAAAGAAGCACAAAGAGAAGGACAGGAAGAAGGAGAAGGAAAGGCGCAAGGAAGGACACGGCAGCACCGUUGCGGGCUGUAACCCCCCAGUGGUGCCGGCGGAGGAUGGGCAGAGGCCCAGAAAAAGACACCGCACAGAAGGAGAGGACAGACGAACGCCCGUCAUCCCAGCCAAGAGCCCGGUCUGCUCGGAUGAAGACACUAAAGAGAGGCCAGUCCACUCCACAGAGCUCUCCUCUACCACUGUUAUGCCAGAUUACAUAAGUAAGUACACCGCAGUGGCGUCCCUGGACCAGAGGCAGACCUACAAGGACGAAUUCAACGCAGAGUAUGACGAGUAUCGAGUCCUGCAUGCCCGUGUGGAGAACAUCACCCGUCGCUUCACCCAGCUAGAUGCCCAGUGCAGGAGGCUGCAGCCCGGCACCAAGGAAUACCAGGAGGUACAUGAAGAAGUGUUGCAAGAGUAUAAGAAAAUGAGACAACAUAGUCCGAACUACCAGGAAGAGAAGCAGCGUUGUGAGUACCUGCACAACAAGCUGGCCUACAUCAAGCGCCUCAUCGCUGACUUUGACCAGCGCCGGGCCCAGUCCUGGAGCUGAAGCGCCAGUUUCAAGAACAGUGUUGAUGUGGCCUAAGGAGUAGGCGGAGAAAGGGGGAAUCCAACUGGUUUUUAUUUAUUCAGACUCCGCCCCCCCCCCACCCCCGACUCUGCCGCCACUGCCUCCUCCCCACCCCUUCUGUUUCCUUACUUCCUACCUUCUGAUUCCACAGGUUGCACAGUGCAGCCUCUAGAAAUCUUCUGAUUCUCACUUCCCCCGCCCUAGUUUUCCCCACAAGUGUUUGUCCUGAAGCUCCUCUUGAAUGCUACAACACUGGUCUAGAGGGAGUUGCAUGUGUGUGGGUCGGGGGGGGGGGAGGGGCAGGGGGGGGGUUGAAAUACUUAACUCUUCUAGCUUUUGAAAGACUUUAUCCAAAAAAGAUGAACAACAAAAAAAGUAAACUUAUUUUUUCAAAGCAGAGAAAAUAUUAUACUUACACUUCUAUUUAAGUUAAAAAAAAAAAAAAAAAAAGAGGGAGAUCUAUUUAUUUUGGACAGUUAGUAUGGAGUGGUCCGCAGAUGAUUUAUUGUUUAAAAAAAAAAAUUAUGUAUCUUUUCCGAAAGCAAUGCAAAAAAAA